UCCUUUAACCAAACCAACCAACUCUUAGUUGACCCCUUCCAAAUUCGCCAGUACAUUUGGCCGUCUUUACAUUCACGUAAAAAAAAAAAACCCCCUUUCCUUCUUACCCUUUCCGUUUCAUAGCUUCUUCCCUCCUCACCUUUUUCCAAUAUGAGAACCACUACCUUCUUCGCCUACAUGAUGGCCAUGCUCGCCAUGCUCUGCAGUAUGGCUGUCGCUUCUACUGAGAUCAGCCUCGAGAAGCGUGCUCCUCCUUCUACUGCUGCCUUUGAUGCCACUGUCGAUCUCUUGGUCAAGGAACAGGCCCACAUUGUUGUCAAGGCUUUCGCUGAUGUUUGCACCGAUACCGAUAUUGCUUCUGCUGUCAAGACUGACCUCCGCGUUCAGAUUUCUGGUCUUCUCGAUGUUGAUUUCGGUCUCGGUACCAAGUUGUCUGCUGCUCUCCAGUCCUCGAUCAAGGCUGCUAUCAAGGCUGAAGUUGAUGCUGAGAUCAAGUCAGAGUUCACUGCCAACUUGAAGGCCAACAUUGCUGCUAUCAUUGUCAAGCGUUGCCCCAACAAGGAUGCUGCUUGCAUUAAGAUCCAGGCCAAGGCUAUUGUCUCUGAGGCUGCCAAGUUGACUGUCAAGGCUUCUGCAAAGAUCGCUGUCAAGGUUCAGGCCAAGUUGGCUGCCAAGAUCAAGGCCGCUAUCGAUCUUCAGAUCAAGAAGCUCUCCAUCAACUUGUUGUUGCUCAAGAUCAAGGUCACUGGUGAUGUCAAUGUCUCUGCCAACGUUGCUCACAAAUUCAAGGCUGCUGUUGACUUGUGCACCAAGGCCUGCGCUGAUAUCCAGGUUAAGCAGGCUAUCAAGGUCAGAAGCAUCUGCUCUGCCUAAAAAAUAUAUAUAUAUAUUCAUAAUAACAUUCAUAUCCAGUAACAUACUCUAUUAAAAUUCUUAAUAAGC